GCAAUUUGGGAACACAGGACAACCGGCUAAAAAAGGCGAGGAUUACUAGUGAGGAAUACGGGUACUUUACAUGGUUUUGUUGAAAUUAACAAUUGGUGUUUCAUCGUUACGAUACAUAUUUGCACCGUGCACGCUACUUUGGUCACCAUUAAUAUCGCUGAAAUCCCGAAGUAUUGUGAUUAAACGAUUCCAAAGAUGAGUGAAAAUGAUAGUUUAAAGUGCGAUAAUUGCAAACAGAAAAUUGCAUCCCAGAAUUAUGUUAUGCAUACAGUGCACUGCAGCAGACAUUUAGAGCUAUGUAAUAAAUGUGGGGAACCAGUACCCAAGGAUAAGCUCAGCGAACAUAACAGCCUGGAGCAUGCCAAUGCGAAAUGCUCUGGCUGCGGGGCAAGCAUCGAAAAGAGACUUCUUGAAAAACAUAUGCAAUCAGAAUGCCCGAAACGUUUUAUUUCCUGUCUUUACUGUGAGUUGGAGUUACCUUUUAGCGACAUGACUGCACACACUGAUUAUUGCGGCACUCGCACUGAGAAAUGUGAAGACUGUGGAGAAUAUGUGAUGUUUAAAUACACACAAUUGCAUUUAGAUUCAAACCACAAAUUUUUAAAAUUGGAAGAUGAACCAGGACCGAGUGCAUCUUGGGAAGUAACUGGAGCUACUGCAUCCAGUGCGAGAGCAACUAGUCUCAAGAAUGGGGAUGCCACAUUAUUGCCAUGUGAAUUCUGUGAUGGUAUGUUUACACCAAAUGAAUUAAGACGACAUCAGAUAUCAUGUACGCAUGGCUGGUCCACCACUACUCCUGUACUCAGAAAAAUGUCAGUCGUCCGGUGUGACAUUUGUCGCAAGUCGAUUGCUUCAGGGGAUUAUGAGGCUCAUCGUAUCGUAUGCGAUCAGCCAGAUGUUCCCAUCCAAGCAGAUGUGGCAAACACGAGUGUUAUUCCAUGUGACGUAUGUGAUUCAGCUGUUCCUUUUAAUGAAUAUAGAACACACUACACUCAAUGCUCAGAAUAUCCUUCCAGUUCACCAUUGAGUAAUAGGAUAACUGUAUCCCAGACCAGGAGAAAUUCUGUUAUUCCAUGUGAGAUAUGUAACAAAUCAAUCGAUCUUAAAGAUUAUCAGAGGCAUCGCAUUUACUGCGUCCAUCCUGUACUUGAAUCUCCAUUACCUUCCACUCGUUUGUCCCAAACGGAUGAUUCUAUGACAAAGUUGCCCUGUGAAUUUUGCGAGGAAACUUUUAGCCCACACAGAUUGGCUGCACAUCAAAUUUGUUGUUCUCCCGCGGGUCGACAGACUACAAUACCUUGCGAGCUCUGUGGCGAACUGAAAAAUCUCACGGAGGUUUUGGAGCACCAACUGACAUGCAGAGUAUCAGGUGAUCAAUAAAAGUACGUGAGAUCGAAAUCAAUAAUGCUAAUAUGACGAAGCAUUGCAGAAAAAGGAUGGUUUCAGCCUCAGAAUGAAGCAGGAGAUUGAGUUUGUAAAAUUUGAGCAUAUUUUGCUUCAUUUCAAACCAUUUCUAAACGUGUAAAUUAAACAUUUUCCUAACAAUGAGUCAAUAAUUAACAUUACGAGUUUCAACCUCAUAAAAGUAUUGGAGUAAUACCAUUUUACAUAUCUGUGUAUU